AAGGCGAUUGUCAUAUGAUAGCUAAGAAGUGGCACAUUAAUGAAGCGCCUCUACAGGGGUCUUUUCUGCUCCUGUCACCGCUUAAAACUAUCAGAUGGUUCGAGGGAGGACAUGGAGGCAGCCACCUAGCUCAGCGGAGCCCGGGAUCCCAAAGCAGCACCCUCCGGAGCCCCGAGGCCGCGGCUGCCAGCGUCCGCGCCGGGACUGAGCAACUGAGCUCGGCCGCCCGCGGAGCGCACCGCCAGAAGCGCAGCGGACCCGGCGGCGCGGGGCGCUGCGGGGCUGAGCAGCUAAGCUUAGUGCCCUGCGGAGCCCAGUCCAGCCCGGAUACUGCGCCCCGCCAGCGUGCUGUGAGGUACGUGGCGAGCAGCAGCGCCAUCCCGAAUGCGGACGACCAACUUGGAGUAACUUUAAGAUCCCAGCAGCCGCUGGCCCGCGCGGACCCCGAGCAAAGAGGCAAACAAGAAGAUGCCUCGGCCCGGCCGCAACACGUACAGCGACCAGAAGCCGCCCUACUCGUACAUCUCGCUGACCGCCAUGGCCAUCCAGAGCUCUCCUGAGAAGAUGCUGCCACUGAGCGAGAUCUACAAGUUCAUUAUGGACCGCUUCCCCUACUACCGAGAGAACACGCAGCGCUGGCAGAACAGCCUGCGCCACAACCUUUCCUUUAACGAUUGUUUCAUUAAGAUCCCGCGGCGGCCCGACCAGCCGGGCAAGGGCAGCUUCUGGGCACUGCACCCCAGUUGCGGGGACAUGUUCGAGAACGGCAGCUUCCUGAGGCGCCGCAAACGCUUCAAGGUGCUCAAGUCCGAUCACCUGGCGCCCAGCAAGCCAGCCGACGCCGCGCAGUACCUGCAGCAGCAGGCCAAGCUGCGCCUCAGCGCCCUGGCGGCCUCGGGCACGCACCUGCCGCAGAUGCCCACAGCUGCCUACAACCUGGGCGGCGUGGCACAGCCCUCGGGCUUCAAGCACCCCUUCGCCAUCGAGAAUAUCAUCGCGCGCGAGUACAAGAUGCCAGGGGGACUGGCGUUCUCAGCCAUGCAGCCCAUGCCUGCCGCCUACCCACUCCCCAACCAGUUGACUACCAUGGGCAGCUCGCUGGGCACUGGCUGGCCACAUGUGUACGGUUCCGCGGGCAUGAUCGAUUCGGCCACCCCAAUCUCCAUGGCCAGUGGCGAUUACAGCGCCUACGGUGUGCCGUUGAAGCCUCUGUGCCACGCGGCGGGCCAGACGCUGCCCGCCAUCCCGGUGCCCAUCAAGCCCACGCCGGCCGCAGUGCCCGCGCUGCCCGCGCUGCCCGCACCCAUUCCCACCUUGCUCUCGAACUCGCCGCCCUCGCUCAGCCCCACAUCCUCACAAACAGCCACCAGCCAAAGCAGCCCGGCCACUCCCAGCGAAACGCUCACCAGCCCGGCCUCAGCCUUGCACUCGGUGGCGGUGCACUGACCCGCAGCAGCCGGCGCCCCCUCUUGCUCCCUUCCCCCGCCAACUCACUUGCCUAACCCCGGCUCCCAGCCCAGUGCUCCCCGACCUGGGACCGCCACCCUCUCUAGUCUGUUUCGCCUUUGACCAACCCUCUUCAUCCCCUCGAAAACUUUGUUUUGAACCCAGGAGACAGAACACAAACUUGCAGAUGGGCCUGGAGGCGAAUGGGACUUGUC